AUGCCGGUAGUAUCGGAGUUGAGGUGGGCGCCGCGGGCCGGUUGCGGCUUGUUGAUUCGCUCCGCUCCGCCGGCACCUCCACCCCCAGUCCGCCCGAGAGCGCAGUUGCAGAGGGAGUUAACAAGACGUCUCCGAGUCCCCGAAACCUGGUUUUCGCCGCAGGUCGAUGCUGGACUGCGCAAUGUUGGUUUCCGCAAAUUUUGUGGCUGGUCCUCGGGGAUUCGCUGGGUAACGGCCGGGGAAUUGUCGCCGGGGUUCCUGGUUGACAACGAGGCGGGCGAAGACAACGCAGCCGCCCAACAAGCCCGGCGACUGACCAUCUAUUCGGCGGGAACUUCGGCUCGGGUAGGUUUGUUACCGCUGCUGCCUUCGCAAAAUGCCAAUGGACCGAUGCACCGUUCGGGUCCCUGCCGUGUCUGGCAUUUUUGUCCGGCACGGCUUCCAACCCUAUUUUGGCAGUCGGUAACCAAUGAUAACAUCCCCAACAACCGACACUUGAGGUCAAAGGGCUUCGCUGCACUCGCCCGGCUGUAUCAUUCAGCGCGGCUGGCUCAAUCUGAUUGCUCGGCCAGCGCCGACUCUGAUGCGGCCGACACUGGAGAUCUGGCGCACCGGGCUCCACGUGUCGCAUGCGUUCAGCCGGUCCAACAACGCUUCGGCGACUCUCGACCACCAGUCCCACCACUUGGAAACAUGUCCUCAGCUCCUAAAGGGCUCAAGACGGGGCAGGGUGUUCUGGAAGCAGCCUGUUGUGCAUCGCCGAUUCGAAAUCCUGGCUUGCAGAGCCCAGAUCGCCCUAACUCAUCGAACUCAUGCAGCAAGCAAAAACACCAAUCAUGGUCUGGUGUCGCACCAAGACCUGGCUGUGCCACGCAUCUGCCAGAUGAGGCCUCGGUCCCCACUCUGCCGAUCCAGAGCUGA